AUGGUUAGUAAGGGAGUCGAUCCAAAGAGCAGUCGUAUAUUUCACCAAUGUUACCUGAAGUGCUGCAAACUGCAGAACUUGACGCCACUCAAUAACGUCAUUCCAUCGGGAAAUGGAAAGGUGCUAGAUAUCUGUGUGGAUCGGAUAAAAUACGUGGACUGGCCACCUAUACUCAAUGCUCUCUGUUGCGACCUUAGCUUGCAUUCUGUGUCUAUUAAAUGCAGGCAACAAGUUAAAACCGUACUCGAGCAUAUAGACUGUGAGAGAUUAGCGAAGACUGUGAACAAGCGACCUGUGAUUUUGACGAAUUUCAUGUUGACUAACUUGGUGGAGGCGAUAGCGCAGCUGCUCGCCAACACUACGUUGCUUGUGUCACUGAUGUUGGACGGCUUGCCGCUCAGGAUUCCGUAUUUAAAUCCGUUGUACGAGGCUCUGCUUACGAAUAGUUCCCUUCAACAUUUGUAUCUUCCCCGCACUUUGAUUGGCGAUGCUGGUUGCUUGGCUGUUUGCAAGGCUGUGAGGUGUCUCCCAAACAUUCUUACCCUCGACCUCUCGGGAUGUGAACUUACAGUUCUUGGUGCGGGUUAUAUUGCCGAUUUAGUUAAGUAUCAAAAGAUCCACCGAUAUAGCGAAAAUUGGAUCCAUACAUUACGAUAUCGCUUGCCAGAAUUGGAUACAAUGGCGGGACUCAGGCGGAUUACAUUAUGUGGGAAUCCUCAACUCGGUGAUCAAGGCGCUUCCAAACUAUACGAUGUAUUGGCAGACGAUUUAUGGAUUAAAGAUAUGAGGCACAAUAUCGACAUUUGCAAUGAAUCCCUUUCUAAAAUCAGAGCUGCUUUGCGAGAAAAUGAGAGAGGAGUCGGAGGAAAUGUGUAUUCAUGGCUCGGUAACCUAAGUGGUUCUUCAAGUGAUGGCAGAUUGGCUAAAUCUGUUUCUUCUAAAAAUGGAAUAAUUAAAGACCGUAUACCUUCUAUGAAUAAAGGAGUACCUGCAAAAUAUUCAAAUAAGGCUACAGCGAUUAAAAAAGAAAAGGAUUACGCGGAAGUACUGGAAGAACAACUUCAAGAGGAAAUAUCACACAGGCAACAGUUGGAAGAGUUAAACCUUCAGCUUGUUGAUCAGAUGAAGCUACUCAAACAGCAUCAGCAACGACUAUGGGCAAAUGGAGCUAUAUCCUCUGGUUCAGAACAAUCGUUCCAAGCGAGUUCAAGAUCGUGUGAUUUGUCGAGCAGUUCGGGCUCCACAAGUUCGGUGCCAAUUGACCAGAACACGUUGUCUUAUAUACAACAAGCAUUUAAAGAUAUUUAUGCGUUCAUCAAAACUAACCAGUGCUAUGGACAAUGUCUUCGAGAAAACGCGAAAGACCGACAAAUGGAACACCAAACUGCAAACGAAAUAACAGAGGUGACGGAAAUGGAAGAAUACGAGUCAACUGAACUGCGAAUCAACAUUAUACCAAAGAAAGCUCAGAGUACCCAUAUGAAGAUGACAGAUAAUGUGAAAAUGAACAAAACCACAAAGUCUGCGCAUAUGCUCGGAGAUAAGCAACGCGUAGAACGAUGUAGAGAUAAUGUAGAGAUGAAACCUGAAAUGAUUGAACGACAAAUGGGAGACACAACAAAUGCACACGGUGAUGAUCACAGCAUAACUGACGACAUAAUAUCACCACAGAACAAACCUAAGAAGAUGAGAAAUAACUAUGAUCAUAGAAUGAACUCGUACGAAGCGGGUAGUGUGAGCGACUCAUCGGACACACUGGUGUACUCGCCGGCUCACACGCGCCGGUUACGCUCGCCGCCGCCGAAUCCGCGUGACGCGCUCUGCUCCUCCGACGAUGAAGAUAGCUCAUGAUUUUUUUUUUAUAUCUUUAUUUAAAACAAUAUAGAUAAAAAGUUUUCUUGAACAAUCUGAAGCUUUUAAUUUACCUUUAGUGUUAUUAAACACCCAUUUGCACCAGUGCCGGGCUUGUAACAAAUUUUUGAAGGGCCCUUGGUUUGCUUGAAGUGUAUAAUUGCUUGUCAACAAGACAGAUAAGACUUACACAUUGCCUACUUUGCACGAUUUUGUGUUGUUCAUUGAUGAUAAUUAUCGACAGUAUUCAUAAUGAAAAAUGCUUAAAAACUAGCCACAGGUACUCGAACCCACUACCUUUCGCAAUCCGGGCGACUGCUCUAACCACUGAGUUACCCAGGACUUAACAGGCCUGACAAAUUGUUUUUUUUUUAAGUAUAGCAUUGUGAAUGCAAAAUAGAGCAAAAAUAAUUAUGGACAUUUUGAUUUUAAUGCUCGCCCGGCGGCCGCAGUGUGCCGGAGGCUUGUGAGAGCCGCCAAAGAAAAGAGCAAAACCGCCGACACUGCUUAGUAAGCAUAAUGCAAUAGAAAAACAUAAAUCACCGUCUAACAGAGCACCGGAGGACAUAUUUGAUUUAAAAGUCUGUUAAAAUAACUUAUUCUGGAGACAUCAAUGUAUUUUGUUUAUAACUAUUUUAGCACUAUAGAUUUAUAUGGUUGGCAAUAGAAAUAAAGAUCUGCAGAGUCAUACUAAACUUAGAG